AGUCGAGUGAUAUUUAUCAACGCUAUUACUCACUCAUAAACCACCCGAGGCUGACUAAGCGGAAAGGAAACACCUUAGUUAGUCAAUGUUUUCGUGUAAAUUGUGGCAGUAAAUCAGUAGUUUUGCGCACAUCUAGUAGCUGGCCGUUACGGUAGCAGAAUCCACAGCCCCGGAACAGGAUGGAUAGCAAAGGGCGGCACGUCAUUGUUUGCGACAACGGAACGGGAUUCGUAAAAUGUGGUUACGCCGGCAGCAAUUUUCCGGCCUAUAUCUUCCCGUCGAUGGUCGGCAGGCCUAUCAUUCGGGCGGUGAACAAAAUCGGAGACAUCGAGGUGAAGGAUUUACACGUUGAUGAGGUCGAAGCUACCAGCACGCUACCAGACUUGAUGGUGGGUGAUGAGGCGUCCCAGUUGCGGUCUCUGCUGGAGGUGUCCUACCCGAUGGAAAACGGUGUCGUGCGCAACUGGGAGGACAUGUGCCACGUCUGGGACUACACGUUCGGCCCGAAGAAGAUGAACAUCGAACCGUCCAACACAAAAAUACUACUCACCGAACCACCGAUGAACCCGACCAAGAACCGGGAAAAGAUGAUCGAGGUGAUGUUCGAGAAGUAUGGGUUCGAUUCGGCGUACAUUGCGAUCCAGGCCGUGCUGACACUGUACGCGCAGGGUUUGAUCAGCGGUGUGGUUAUCGAUUCCGGUGACGGCGUCACGCACAUCUGCCCGGUGUAUGAGGAGUUUGCGCUGCCGCAUCUAACGCGCCGGCUUGAUAUUGCUGGCCGGGACAUUACACGCUACCUAAUCAAGCUGUUGUUACUGCGCGGAUACGCUUUUAACCAUUCGGCCGACUUCGAAACGGUGCGCAUGAUGAAGGAGAAGCUGUGCUACAUUGGCUACGAUAUCGAGAUGGAGCAACGGCUUGCACUGGAAACCACGGUGCUGGUUGAGUCAUACACGCUACCAGACGGACGUAUGAUAAAAGUCGGCGGUGAACGAUUCGAGGCACCCGAAGCACUCUUCCAGCCGCAUCUGAUCAACGUCGAGGGGCAAGGUAUCGCGGAGCUGGUGUUCUCCACCAUCCAGGCGGCCGAUAUCGAUAUGCGGUCGGAGCUGUACAAGCACAUCGUACUGUCCGGCGGGUCCACCAUGUAUCCCGGCCUGCCGUCACGGCUCGAGCGCGAAAUCAAGCAGCUCUAUCUGGAACGCGUGCUCAAGAACGACAUCGACAAGCUGUCCAAGUUUAAGAUCCGCAUCGAGGAUCCACCCCGGCGAAAGGAUAUGGUGUUUAUCGGCGGUGCUGUUCUUGCGGAGGUCACGAAGGAUCGGGAUGCGUUCUGGAUGUCGAAAGCGGAAUACCAAGAGCAGGGACUGAACGUGCUGAAAAAGCUUAGCACUCGAACAAGUAACUAAAAUGUGCCGGUGACUCAUGGAGCGCCUUCGAAAAGCACCAACAAACCAUUAUGAACAAACAACAUUAAGGGAAAUGUUUGACCAGCAAAAAGCCAGUCGCUCAAAUGUUCAAAUGUCCCUAGAAAACUGGAAACAUAGUGAUUUAACAAAGAAAAACCCUUUUACGCUGUCGGCAAGCGGAAACAUGGGUUCGCUAAUUGUGAAUUCCAAGUAGACAAACAUUUAGCUAAACAAUUGGACUGUGUUUCAGGCACACUUUUCGAUUAUAAUUAUGAAGCAUUUUGCACUCUCUUUUAUAACGCCGUAGUAUUGUUUCAUUCGAUGGGAUUCUGUUUGUCGCACCCCAUUUCCAUAGAAUACCGCUGCGGUACAGUUAUCGCAGCAUGCAUUUUGUGAAUUCCAAUUAGUUUAAUCGUGUUAAAGGCGUCUAUAUAGUUAAAGGCUACAGCGCUGUAUUUUAAUGCAUUUGCCUGCAUUUUAAUCUUUUUUGCUUUGUUUGUUUUUUUUAUAACGUUAUACAUCCAUUUCUUUCGCGUGCGCGAUGCAAAGGUAGAAGAUGAAAAAGAAAAAAAAGCCCAAAGCACGUUAGCAUAUUAAAUGUGUUUAUGUGUGUAGGUUCUUUUUAUUUAUUCAAACAAUUUGUUAUCUGAAAAAUUGUGUAAUUUUGAAUGUUUUUUUUUUAAAUCUCCUUUAUCUUUCAUAUUUUCAUUUCUGUGCUCUCAAGAGCUAUGUUUAGAGUGCCUUUUUUAUUUCCUGUCAGAUUCCUUUACUGCAUUUAAGUUUAAAUUUCCGUGCUAAUCGGUAACAAAUUGGAAAGGAAAGGAAGAAAACUAACUGCCAAAACGACCGCAAUUCCAAUCGUUCGUCCGUGCGAAAUGAAAACCAAAUCGAUCGUAUCAAAAAGCGUUAGGCGAACCACGCAGUAUGUAGAUGGAAAUGGGAAAUUCAUUAGAACCACAACAGGUAGUUAAGUACCCUUUAAAGAUUAAGGUGCAAUUACGUGGAAGGCGUACGUCCCUGCCAAAAUGAAGUAACGCGGGUGAAAACCUUGUAUAGACGGAAGAUGCUAGUUAAACAAAAGAAUGCUAAUCAAACGUUAAUUGAAGAAAAAAGAGCAGGAAAAAGGACGAAGGGAAAACGAAAACUGCGGCGUAAAGGCGGAUUGUGAACCGAUCGUGCUUGGGGAAUGUAAGAGUAGUUCGACAUAAAAAAAGAAUAACAACGUAUUAUUUGUGUAGAGAAUAAAAAGUUACAAGUGAAAGGAUAAAUCAAA